AUGAGAUCCCUUAUCUUGUUGUGCGCGUUUGCCGCUGUCGCCUAUGGGCAACUCUAUGGUAGAGGCCUUUUAGAGAAGGUUGGAAACAAGAUCGAGCUCGAUUUGGGUAGUGAAAAGGUGCAAGCGCUCGUGAGGUACUUUGACGACAACUCCAAGCAGACAUGGAACUUCGAAGGACCGAACAAGGGACAUUGGGUUGACGAGAAAGGAAAGAAGGUCGACUCUUCGAAUUACUCCGUCAAAGCUCCAGCCACUCUCAUCAUCAAGAAGGCAACCAAGGCUGAUUCGGCUGUCUACGAUACGGUUCCAUUUCCAGUGAAAUUCGAACUGCCAGAAGGUGUGCAUGUUGACCCUUUACCGCCAACUGGAACGAAACUCACCAUUGAAUAA